CUUUUAUCCUAAAUAGUUUCGCCUGUCUUCCUUGACCAAUCACACACCAACGGACACCUGUCUCGGUUAAGAAUUUCAUGAACCGGAUAUCCGAUCAGAUCAACCACGAACCUCCAUAAAAUUGGCGCAAUUGUCAAAGCCAAACCCUAAUGCCCCAAUGAAUCAAACCCACAAUCCCAAAAUCUAAAUUCAUUCCAAAAACCUAUCAGCAAAGAUGCUUUACUGCAAUAUGUUGUUUCUGAGACUGCUUUUGAUUCUAGGUUUAGGGUUAGGGUUUGGAUUGGACUUUGGUGAUGCGCUGAAAGUGCCCUUUAGGGUUAAGGAUGUUCUUCCAGUUCUUCCACGCGAGAUUUCGUGGCCUUUGCUUAAUAAUAUCCACAGUGCCGUUGAUUUAUUGCCGUCGUUUGUCGGAACGUUGACUCCGGACAAUGGGUCAAUUGAAUGGAAAGGCUCUUGCUUUUUCGAUAAUGAAGCUCGAAUUGAGUUCAAGGAUACUGGUGAUCGGGGUUUGGGUGGUGGCACUAUCCAUCUCAAGACUUCUUCACCUCACAGCUGGACAUGUAUGGAUUUGUAUGUUUUUGCAACACCUUAUCGGGUUACCUGGGAUUACUAUUUCACUGCCCGAGACCAUACACUGGACAUUGAAUCUUGGGAGGAACUUGCAGAGCUGGAAUAUGUUAAGCAGCAUGGGAUCUCUGUAUUUCUUAUGCCAUCAGGAAUGAUGGGAACUUUGCUUGCCUUAAUAGAUGUCUUGCCCCUGUUUUCUAACACUGGUUGGGGUCAGAAUGCUAACAUAGCUUUUCUGAAGAACCACAUGGGUGCAUCAUUUGAAAAACGUCCUCAGCCUUGGCGUGCUAUUAUAAAUCCGGAUGAUGUUCAUUCUGGUGAUUUUUUAGCUGUGUCAAAGAUACGUGGACGGUGGGGCGGGUUUGAAACUCUGGAGAAGUGGGUCACUGGUGCAUUUGCUGGUCAUACAGCAGUUUGUUUGAAGGAUGAAUCUGGUAAUCUUUGGGUUGGUGAAUCAGGGCAUGAGAAUGAAAAGGGUGAAGAAAUUAUAGUGGUAAUUCCAUGGGAUGAAUGGUGGGAAUUGGCACUUAAGGAUAACUCUAAUCCACAGAUAGCAUUGCUACCCUUACAUCCUGAUGUGCGUGCAAACUUUAACUCUACUGCAGCGUGGCAAUAUGCACGGAGCAUGUCAGGCAAGCCGUAUGGUUACCAUAACAUGAUUUUUAGUUGGAUCGACACCAUAGCUGGCAAUUAUCCACCACCUCUUGAUACUCACCUGGUCAUAUCUGGCAUGUAUAUGUGGACUAGAAUGCAGCCAGCAUAUGCUGCAAAUAUGUGGAAUGAGGCUCUGAAUAAGCGACUUGGGACCGAGGAUUUAGACUUGUAUGGAAUUCUUUCUGAGACAGAAAGGCGUGGCAUAACCUUUGAUCAACUACUUACAAUUCCUGAACAAGAUGAAUGGGUAUACAGUGAUGGGAAAUCUACAACAUGUGUUGCCUUCAUAUUGGCAAUGUAUAAAGAAGCCGGAGUCUUUGGUUCUAUUACCAACUCCAUUCAAGUAACCGAGUUCACUAUUCGGGAUGCUUACAUGCUGAAAAUAUUCAUGGAUAACCAAACACAACUGCCUAUCUGGUGCAACAGUGGAGAUGAUCAACUCCCGUUCUGCCAGAUUCUGGGUGAAUAUCGAAUGGAAUUGCCAGAGUACAACUCUUUAGAGCCAUACGCCAACAUGAACGAGAAUUGCCCUUCUUUACCACCUACCUACGAAAGGCCUGUACGUUGCUAAACCUGAACUCAGGCUCUAUUAAGUGUUUCUUAUAGAUGCUUCCCACUGCUGUCCAUGACUUCGUGUAGUAGUGCAAAGUAAACUGGAAUUGGUAUGCAUGCAGAGAGGAAGUCUCUCUGUCUUCUGUAUAACCAAGUCAUUUGCUUACUCAUUAUGUUUGGUUUGUAUGUAACGUUUGCAAAGCAUGACUUUCAGUUGUCAAUAAAUAGAUAUCACAUGGCAUAUUUUCGGGUUUGUAAAUCGCUCCCAUGCAUUGAUGAGGGGUCAACAUAUAUAUAAUGAGUCUCUCUUAAAUUUAACGUAAAUUACUUUAGCACGGAGAAAAAUAUUGGAGGGAUCUCGCUCUUUUUUGAGUUGUAUCUUCUGGCAUGGAUUCUGUUCCUGAUAACCCUUGGAUGAGCUUUCUUUCACUGCA